AUGACGAGCUUGAGGGACCGCAUCGCGGCAACGCUCGAUGCGAAUGCCGACACCCGACGGCAGGCUGAGCUUGAUCUGAAAUAUGCAGAAGAUCAGCCUGGAUUCCCGGAUGCUCUGCUCAACGUCCUUGAGGUGGAGCAAGACAACGCUGUCCGUCUGUCCACCGCCGUGUACCUGAAGAACCGAGUGACGAAGGGAUGGAACCCCGCUGAAGACUACACCAUGGCCAAGGCCAUUCCUGAUGAAGAGAAGAACAGCUUUAGGAGAAGGCUUGUCCCUGUUCUCGCAGCGUCCUCGCCGCAGAUUCGCGCCCAACUCAUCCCGACCCUUCAGAAAAUACUGACCCACGACUUUCCUUCCAAAUGGCCCGACUUCCUUGACAUCACCGUACAACUGCUCAGUGCAAAUGACGCGGGUCAGGUGUUUGCUGGCGUGCAAUGCCUGCUCGCCAUCUGCAAGGUAUACCGCUUCAAGGUCGGCGAAGUGAGGAGUGACUUCGACAGGGUCGUAGAGCUUACUUUCCCGCUUCUUCUGAGCAUUGGCAACAGGUGUGUCACAGAGACGAGCAUCGAGGCCGGCGAGAUCAUACGCACGGUCAUGAAAACGUACAAGCAUGCCAUCUACUUCGAACUCCCCGUGCACUUGCGAUCGCACGAGGUCAUGGUGAGCUGGUGCACCUUGUUCCUGACGGUUGUCUCAAAGGACCCGCCUGCUUGCGCUAUGCCGGACGACCUCGAUGAGAGAGAGCAAAACCACUGGUGGAAAGCGAAAAAGUGGGCAUACGCCAAUCUGAAUCGCUUGUUCGUCAGGUACGGUAACCCGACGAGCAUCACGAAAGGCAACGACCAGGACUACACCGAAGUUGCCAAGUCUUUUAUCGCCAACUUUGCGCCUGAAAUCUUGAAGAUCUACCUGCAGCAGAUUGAGAAAUGGGUUGCGAAGACGACGUGGCUGAGCAAGGGCUGUCUGUCGUACACUCUGGCAUUCCUAGACGAGUGUAUCAAACCUAAGGCGAUGUGGGCGCACCUGAAGCCACACAUGGAGACUCUGAUCCAGCAUCUGCUGUUCCCUAUUCUAUGCCAGUCUGAUGAGGACCUAGAGCAAUUUGAGGAUGAUCCAGCGGAGUAUCUACACAGAAAGCUCAAUUUCUACGAAGACGUUUCCGCGCCUGACGUUUCCGCGACGAACUUCCUCAUCACGCUCACCAAGAACCGAAGAAAGCAGACAUUUACUGUGCUUGAGUUCGUGAACGGCAUCGUGAACAAGUACGAAGAGGCGCCGGAUGACCAGAAGAACCCUCGCGAAAAGGAGGGUGCUCUCCGCAUGAUUGGCACGCUUUCACAUGUCAUCUUGGGCAACAAGAGUCCGAUCAAGGACCAGGUGGAGCUGUUCUUCGUAAGGCAUGUCUUCCCCGAAUUCAGGAGCCAGCAUGGCUUCCUAAGGGCACGGGCUUGCGAUACGCUAGAGAAAUUCGAACGCAUGGAAUUCAAGGACCCGAACAACUUGAUCAUUAUCUACAGAAAUAUUCUCGAGUCGAUGGCAGAUCCUGAGCUGCCCGUCAGAGUGGAAGCCGCGCUGGCGUUGCAGCCCUUGAUUCGACACGACAUCAUUCGCACUGCAAUGCAGCAGAAUAUCCCCCAGAUCAUGCAGCAGCUUCUCAAGCUCGCAAACGAGGUGGACGUUGACGCGCUGGCAAAUGUGAUGGAGGAUUUUGUUGAGGUAUUCGCGCAGGAGCUUACACCAUUUGCGGUGGCGCUCACCGAGCAGCUCCGCGAUACGUAUCUGCGAAUUGUGAGAGAUCUACUCGAGCGCAACGCUACAAAGACCGAAGAAGACGAUUCCUACGGCGACUACUUGGAUGACAAGAGCAUUACCGCGUUAGGUGUCCUUCAGACGAUCGGCACGCUCAUCCUCACGCUUGAGAGCACGCCAGACGUGCUCUUGCACCUCGAGACCAUCCUCAUGCCGGUCAUACAGAUCACACUCGAAAACAAACUGUACGAUCUAUACAACGAAAUAUUUGAGAUAAUUGACAGCUGCACUUUCGCUGCGAAGUCGAUAUCGCCAACCAUGUGGCAUGCCUUCGAGCUCAUUCACCGAACCUUCAAAGCCGGAGCAGAGCUGUACCUGGAAGACAUGCUGCCAGCUCUCGAAAAUUUCGUAAACUAUGGCGCCGAUGCUCUGGUGCAGAACAAGCCGUACCUCGAGGCCAUGGUGGACAUGGCGCGCGUUAUCUUCAAGGAGGACAAGAUUGGUGGUGUGGACCGCAUCUGCGGUUGCAAGCUCGUCGAGAUUAUCAUGAUUAACCUGCGCGGUCAGAUAGACGAGUACAUUCCCGAGUUCAUCUCCUUCGGCAUGGUACAUCUCAUCUCAGAAGAACCUAAGGUGAAAUCGCUUAAAGUGCAUCUCAUGGAGGUCGUUAUCAAUGCGGUUUACUACAACCCGGUGCUCGCGCUACACAUCAUGGAGCAGAAUGGAUGGACAAACAAAUUCUUCAGCCACUGGUUCAGCAAUAUUGAUUCCUUUACACGGGUGCAUGACAAGAAGCUGAGCAUUGCAGCCAUCACGUGUCUCUUGACCAUGCCGGUGGAGAGGAUUCCUCAGAGUGUGCAGCCAGGUUGGCCUAGGUUGCUGCAGGGCAUUGUGAGAUUGUUCCAGACGCUUCCAGCUGCAAUGAAGAACCGAGAGGAGGCGACGAAAGAGGAAAAUUUCGAUUUCAGCAAUGACUACGAGGAUGACGAUGAAGAAGACUGGGAAGCUAGUGGCGAUUGGGAGAACGAGGCUGACGAAGCCGAAGACGUCAAAGACGAGAGCACUGCGUACUUGGAGUUCCUUAAUGAAGAGGCCCAGAAAUUUAACUCUUUGAACGAUGAUGACGACGGAGAUCUUGAAGAAGAAAGUCUUUUGGAAACGCCACUUGAUAAACUUGAGCCAUAUGGACUGUUCAAGGAUGCUUUGUUGCAAUUGCAAAGCUCACAACCACAGCUCUAUGAGAGUCUGAUGAAGAACCUCACUCCCGAAGAGCAGCAAGUCAUCCAGGGAGCAGUUCAUCAAGCCGACGCUAUCGCACACGCCGCGCAAGCCGAAGCUGUUGCUCAAGCACAAGCAGACCAAGCCAACGGCCAUGCUGCCGCUGGAGGACAGAGCCAGCCGUCGGGCUGA